AUGAAGGAUUUGCCCUCACUCUCAUCCUCACCCCUUACUGUCACCUUAAUUCUCUCACUAUGUCUCCAUUUUUCUCUUUGUCUAUCUGUCGAGAUAUUUCUCUUUUUUGGAAUCAAGUGUGAAGAAGAAAAAGAGAUUGCAAAUUUCCUUCUUUCUUUUAUUGGUAUGACACUUUUUCUCUUUCAUUUUUCUUUCUUUCUUUCCUUCCUUCUUUCUUUCCAUCUUUCUUUCUCUUACUUUUUUUUUCUUCUUUCUUUUAUUGUCAUGACACUUUUUCUUUCAUUUUCUUUCUUUCCUUUUCUUCUUAUUAAUGACUCUUUCCGUAUUCUUUUUCUUUUUCUUUCUUCAUUUCUAUUCGAGCUAACCUUUUCAAUUUCUCUUUCGUUCUUACUUUCUUGUUUCUCUUAUUUUAAAUAUCUCUUUGAUUCUUCUUCAAUUUUUAAUUAUUUUAAAUUAAAAUAUCUCGGAUGA